UAUAUAUAUAAAGUAAGAAAAUUAUAUCAAAUGGGAAAAAUACGUGGUUUUGAUGCUUAGAAGAUAAUUAGAUGAAUACUUAAUUAAUAAAGAAAAUGCAGUAUAUGAUGGGAUAUUCAAUUAGUUGAUAUUUUUCUGAAAAAUUUUGUUAUAUAAAUUUUGUAAAUUUUAUGCAAACCUAAAAUAAAUCAUAAAUAUAAUAAGAAGAAAACAUACCUAUCAAAAAUUCAGAACAGGAAUAAGUAAAUUAAUAGAACCAUCAAAUUUAAUUGAACUAAUAAGAUCGAAUAUAAUAAUCAUCAAUACCAGUUUCUGAAAAAACUAAACUGCCUGUAGAAUCUAACAUAUAUUUGAAUUAAAAUAAUUUUCCAGGAUUCUAGGAAAUACCAAAUAAUUGGAUAAAAUAAGUUCCUUAUUAAUAAUCAGUUAUUGUAGCAUAAUAAAUAUAAUCUGAAGUGAAUUAAGUUUAACAAUCUUCUAAUUAGUAAAUAGACAAUUAAUAAUUAAUGAUUCCUUAAAGUAUGUCAUAUCAACCUGGUUCUGGUAUUCCAACUCAUCAUAACUUAACUUAAAUUCCAAAAUUAAGAUUAUCUUAAUAUUUAUAAUGUAAAUGGUGUAAUCAAGAAGUAUUUUCCUAAAUUGAGCAUAAAAUUGGACUGACUCAAGUAUUAUUGUGCCUCUUUUUCUUACCUUUAUUAGGAAUUGGUGUAAUUUUUUUAUUUUUUGAUGUAUUUAUAUAUAUAAUCAUAUAGACUUUAAAAGAUUGCUAACAUUUUUGUACUAAUUGUUCUUGUGAAAUGGGAGUAGUAAAAUUGAUUGAUUUUUAAUGUUGA